AUGGACACAUCUUCGGCAGGCCCAUCGCAGCUGCGUCGACCAACCUGCUCUCCUCACUCAACACCAAAGAUGGUAACCGCGCCGCACCUGCCCGCUGAUGACGGUCGCGACGCAGAUGCUUCGAGGUCUGAGGAGCCAUCAGUGUCCACGUCACAUAAUGGCACACCCGCACCGUGGGUGUUCGAUCAGCAGCCAGCGGCAUCGGAGAGAGGCUGCACGUUUUCACCACAGGGCGAGCUAUUGAUAGGUGGCUUGGGCAUUGACGGUCGGAACACGAGAACAGGAGAAUCCGGCUGGGCAUCACUAGCGCACACGCCUCGCCAUGCGUUCGGUGUAUGGAAGCGCAUGCAGUCUGCUGCUUACCUGGGCAAGCAUCCGCCUGUGGACGAAGAGAGCGUCAGCGUCAGCGGCGAAGCAUCAUUCUCACAUUCGAAGCAUGCUUCAAGGCCAUCUGUCUUGGUGGAGGAUAUCGUAGAAGGCCGCACGUGUCAACCGAUUUCGCUGUCCGACUUUCGCAAGUUCUUGGUCCGACGACGCAGAGAGGAGGCGCAGUCGUCCGCUCCGCUCAGCUAUGAAGCGGAUUUCUCCAUGCUUGGCGGCGGGCUUGCGGAGGAGAAGAAGCACUCGACUUCCUCCGCGAUAGUGGGCCCUGACACGACGUUUGUCUUCGACGACUCCAUAGCAGGCAAAUCGAAUUCGACGCGACGCACAACGCUUCCACCCUCAUCUUCGCAUGGCACGGAUGCCUCCUUCAGCAGUGCCAAAGAACCAGAGAUAUCGGGCUACGUGAGACACUCUCUGGCCGCUCGGCACGUACACAGCAAGUCCACUGGUGACGCUCUCGACGCUCUGGACUUUGUUGUUGCCGUCGACCGCUACGCGACUACCUUUGCUAGGUUGAGCUCUAGUCAGCGUGAGCUCGCUCCAGCCUGUGAAGCAAGAACAUUCCCACCUUGUGGCAAUGCGGCGAGCGAGAAUGUGGAGGAGGACCAGCGAGGGGCAUGUGUUCCGGAGGAUCAACCCCUUCGGAAGCGCUUGAAUCUCAUCACCUCCACGUACAUAGGGGGCAAGCGCAGCUCCGCCUAUGAUGCAGCACCCAAGCUGGCAUGGAUGCGCGACACGGGCUUAUUGUCCGAGACGGCUCUUGCACAGGCGAUCGACUGCGCUUCACGCACAACUCAUCCCGAUGCCAUUCUACCUCUGGCUCGCGCAGUCCAGGCGCACUUGGAUUCGCACGUUCUUCCGAGCUUCCUGGACUCAGCUUCUCACAACCUUUCUCGCAACACCAAGUGGGGUCGGCUGGUCACUGGAAUUGCGUGCACCAUCAUCGCUUUGCUGCUGUCCGUCCUGCUAAUCAUCGAGCCCAGUCCUCUGUCGCCUCAUUACGCCACGGACAGGGAGAGAGCGCAUCUUUCGAGAUGGUGGCGCUUUCUUACGCUGCCGCUUUGGGCUGCAGGCAUCGGCUCCACCCUGGCAGCAUACACCGGUGUCUGCGUCUGGUUGAGCCUCCGAGGCAACCAUGAACCCGAGAAGGUCUUGACGGAGGAGGCCAAAGCGGAUCGACCAGCUCACAUCAUCGCUGCUAGCAUCAAUGGCGAUCACGAGAAGAGUCGUCACGAGGAGGCGCCGGCGCAGGAGUGGGAGGAAGCAGAGGGGCACACCGCGACUCCUCAAGGUUGGCUUAUGGCACCCGAGCUUAAGGCGCUUCUUCUGCGGUGUGUCGGCCGCCAUCCUUCGAAAACGUCAACCGACGCCGACAAGGUCAAGGCGAGGGCCUUGCUCCCUCGCGUAUCUUCCGACCUCGCCUCAUCAGGGCUGCCGACUGAGCCUUCGCCUAUCUAUUUGCCAGGCUCGCCCGAGGGUCCCACAGCCCCCCUGGCCGAGCCGCGUAGUCUUUCUGUGAUGGCGCGUUCCCCUUCCACGGAGCUUGGUUCGUCGCCAACGGCACUUUCUCGGUCGUUUCGAUUACCCGGCACGCAAGUGUCUGUCGGAUUCCAGAACGCGCGCACGGCUUUUGCCGCUCCCUCCUCUCUGCCUCCCACAUCCUCCAACAAUCGCAUCUCGACUUCGACUAUAGUGCAGAUGCCUGACGACAAGCACCCUUCCACUGUGCCCGCCUUGCGAUCGUCGCCUAGCAACCCGAUGCAAAAGGCCGUCGCGGCGCUUCAACAGUGGACAGGCUUUGCGAUCAACACCAAACCGGUGCUUGACGAGAGGGUUAGAAAGAUCCAUCAGAGAGCCGCGAUCAAUGCGCUUGCGCUUUGCACCGCUUUGACGCUAGUCGCCAUCAUCAUCGUUCUUGCCCUUCCUUGAUUCGUCCUUCUACAUCCCCGAUACGGCUUGUAUGCGUUUCCCUUGUGGAUUGCGAGAUCCUUUCCCGCAGCCUCCACUGCUGUCUUCUCCCUGUUCGGGUUCUUGGUCCCGUCCUUCAUCUACAUUGUCACGCACCACGGAUCCUCAACUGCUCGAGAGAAUUCGCAUCACUGUUCUCACGCCGCGUUCUGUAUUUUCACCCACCCGUCACGCAUUGGCGAAUCAAUGGUCAUCGCUUUCCCAACUUG